AUGGACAUUGCAGUAUCCAAUAUCGCCACCCUUGACAUCGCCGCUGAAAGUUUGGUCACGUGGUUGGAGCUCGUGGUCACGUGGACGGACAAGAGGUUGACAUGGAAUGCCGAUCAGUACACAGAUGUUUAUCCUGAUGGCAUGGUCGAGUGGUAUGUUGAUCUGGAAACAAGAACACCAUGUCCGGUUUCACUAGCGAGGUUUCCGUUUGAUAUACACACGUGUUCGGUCACUCUAACCACCGCCUAUCAUGGAGAAGUUGACGUCAACAUCAGUGACGUGACCUUCACCGACGAGAAAGCCAUCAAGACAGGUGAGUGGAUGUUGACAACAUCCUCCGCCAAGAGAGUAACCCUUGGCGAACACAGACCCAAGAGUGGAGUGACUGUAUCGAUGACCCUGCGACGUCAUGGAGGUUACUAUAUCUUCAGUCUGAUACUGCCCCUGUUUAUUAUUGCUGGCGCCAAUCCUUGUGUGAUCCUGGUCAAGUCCAAUAGCGGGGAGAAGACGUCAACCGCUGUCACCCUCUUCCUGUCCUUUACGAUCUUCAUCACCACUCCUACCACAGUGGUCCCAGGGCAUUCCCGUCUUCACAGUCAUCGUCUACAUGCAGUUCCUGUUCAGUUCAGGGAUCGUGGCGUACUGCAUUGUUUCACAACGGCUAAGUCAGAGAGACAAGCACAACAGACUGACGCGGAUCCUGGCACAUGUCCUCCUGAAGACAGGAAGGAAGAAUGUUGUACAGCCAGCCACUACGACAGACGCUGA